AUGCUACAAGACCUUCGAAACGACCCGAAGGCUAGCAGCAGGCCUCCUCUCAGGCACUGGCUGAACACCAUCAGACAGCUAGACCGGAACGCCACCCUAGAGGAAGACUUGCGAGCGCACGUGGUGGAUGAAUUUCGCGGAGAGGGGUAUUCGCACAAAAAACGCGCAAUCAGAAAGGCUUGCGGUAGCGGUCACACUGACGCCGUUACCAUGGAUAGCGUCCCCAGCUAUCUAGCAAAUUUGUCGGAUGGAAGUCCAUUCCUGCAAGUUAAAGAGCGCGGAAUGCACGUCUACAUAUCUGAUGCAUCGGUCGAGAAAGCUUGCAAGAAUGGGUUGUCGGUGCUGGUGGCGGACGGCGUACACAGCAAAGCCCCGCGAUGCAUCAAGAAAGGCUCGCAGCUCUAUGUUAUUCAUGGAGUCUGCCGCGGCGGGUUCGACGUCCCCCUUCUCUACGCCAUCAUGGAGAAGAAAGAUAAGCAGUCUUACGAAACAGUACUUUCACACCUGAAGACCCACCUGCUUAGGUUUGGUGCUGUCGAUGGACUGCAAGUAGUCGUGGACUACGAAAAAGCUGCGAUUGCCGCCAUCCGCACCGUCUUUGAGAGGAGUGCAGUCCAGGGCUGUGCAUUCCAUCUUGCGCUAGCGUGGAACAGGCGGCGAAAUGCGUUCGGGCUCACUCGUUUUAUAUCUGGUAAAGACACCACAGCAGACGUCGUUGGCUGGUGGAACACCAUCAAAGGCCUAGUUUUUUUGCCAAGGCGUCUGCAUGGUGUUGUCCGCGCAUUAAAGGAGCCGCCUGUUCCGCGCGAGCAUCCAGCCUAUGCGUGCUGUACUAAUUUUUUGAAUUACCUAGGUAAAACUUGGUAUAAGGGUCCCCUGGCCAGCCUUUGGGAUAAGUCCGGCAUAUACGAUGUAAGGACCACAAACAUAGCAGAAGCCUUUCACCGGCGACUGACCGUUUUGCUGGAUGACUUCCCGGUGCUGUCGGAAGUCAUCGACACGUUCCAUACGUUAGAGGCGGAGUGCAGAGCUACGCUGAACUCCCUUGAGAUGCACCCCGACCACCAGAAGGAGAUUAGCCACGAAGCCCUCCAACGACGAGAUGAGAUAGCUGCAGCGAUGAGAACGUUCGAAGAUCAGUAUAGGGCUCGUGGUGUGACCAGGGAAGAGGCCGAAACAUAUUGUAAAAAUAUGGCGAGAUUUGUAACAGAUAAAGCAUUUUAA